AUGUAUGGAAGCACCUUCCAGGUUGUGUCAGGAAAUAUUGCUACCAAUCCUAGAUGCCAUGAGUGCAAUAACUAUAAAGUGUCUCGCUCCAUUUAUAAUCAAGCAACAUUUAAUGAGAAGGUUGAGAAAAAAGAAAUUGUUGGGAAGACCCUUCAAGAUUUUUUAAAAAAAUGCAGUUGUACAUCCAAAAAGGCCAUACGGGUGACAAAAUCGCUGUUGCCAAUAAUUGAUUGGCUGCCAAAAUACAGAUGGAAGGAGUGGUUUGUACAUGAUCUCAUUUCAGGAGUCAGCACAGGAUUGGUUGCCACUUUGCAGGGUUUAGCCUUUGCAUUACUUGUUGGCGUUCCAGUUGGAUAUGGCCUCUAUUCAUCCUUUUUCCCUAUUUUGCCUUAUUUCAUCUUGGGAACAUCAAAGCACCUUUCAGUUGGUCCAUUUGCUGUAGUCUGCUCCAUGAUGGGAUCACUGGUUCUUACAAUGGCUCCAGAUGAGAAGUUUAUGCUGUCUGGCAACAGCACAGAAAUGAACAAAACCAUGGUAGACACAGCAUCCAGGGAUGCAGCUAGAGUCCUUAUUUCUGGAACACUCAGCUUCUUAGUUGGGAUUAUACAGCUUGUGCUUGGCACCCUUCAGAUUGGCUUUAUAGUCAGGUACUUGGCAGAUCCGUUGGUUGGUGGCUUUACCACAGCUGCUGCUUUCCAGGUUUUUGUGUCUCAACUGAAACUGGUAUUCAACGUUCCUACAAAAAGCUACAAUGGAAUCCUCUCUAUAAUAUAUACACUUAUAGAUAUUUUUGCCAAUAUUGGUAAAACCAAUAUUGCUGACCUUGUCGCUGGUCUCCUGACAUUUGUUGCGUGCAUUGUGGUGAAAGAACUAAAUGAUCGUUACAAACGCAUUCUUCGUGUACCAAUUCCUGUUGAAGUCAUUGUGACGAUAGUAGCAACUGGCAUUUCAUAUGGGGUCAAUCUGGAGAAAAAAUUCAAUGCUGGAAUAGUAAAGAGCAUACCCAGUGGGUUUAUACCACCUGUGGCUCCAGACGUGAACUUGUUUUCUGAACUAAUUGGAUCUGCAUUUUCCAUUGGGAUAGUUGCAUAUGCUGUGGCAGUAUCUGUGGGGAAAGUAUAUGCAACCAAGCACAACUAUGCAAUCAAUGGAAACCAGGAGUUUGUUGCUUUUGGAGUGAGUAACAUACUGUGUGGAUUUUUCUCUUGCUUCUGCGCAUCUACUGCUCUGUCACGUACUGCUGUCCAGGAAAGCACUGGAGGAGAAACCCAGAUUGCUGGAAUUAUUUCAGCUCUUAUUGUGCUAAUUGCUAUAGUAGCACUAGGAAAACUCCUUGAGCCUCUGCAGAAGUCUGUACUGGCAGCUAUUGUGAUAGCUAAUCUUAAAGGGAUGUUCAUGCAAGUGCUUGACAUUCCUCGUUUAUGGAGACAAAACAAGUGGGAUGCUGUUCUCUGGGUCUUUACAUGUGCUGCAUCCAUUAUCCUGGGACUUGAUUUGGGUCUGCUGGCUGGAUUGGUGUUUGGACUAUUGACAGUGGUUAUCCGUGUCCAAUUCCCUUCAUGUGACUGUCUUGGAAAUGUACCUGGGACUGAUCUCUACAAAAAUGUAAAAGCCUACAAACAGAUUAUAGAACCUGAGGGUAUCAAAAUUAUUAAAUUUUGUAGCGGUAUCUUCUAUGGAAACAUCGAUGGGCUGAAAAAUGGAAUUAAAAAAAUUGUUGGGUUUGAUCCUGUGUUGGUUUUUAACAAAAGAACCAAAGCACUGAGAAAGAUCCGUAAGCUUCUCAAGAAAGGACAGUUACAUGCCACAAAGAAUGGAAUCAUCAGAGAAGUUGGUAUUGAAAAUGAAGGGUUUGAGCACAAUGAAGACUCUGAUGCUGAAUUGGAUACUCAAGCAGUUGAUCUAAAGGAAAUUGACAUUAAAGUAGACUGGAAUUCUGAAAUACCUGUAAAAGUGACUGUUCCUAAAGUUUCCACUCACACUAUAAUAUUUGAUUUUAGUCAAAUAACAUUUCUUGAUGUAGUGGCUGUGAGAUCCCUAAAAGUGAUCUUCAAAGAACUAAAUAGGAUUGAUGUAGAGGUGUACAUUGCUGCCUGUAGUGAUAAUGUCUUUAAGAAGAUGGAAGACUGUGGUUUCUUUGACCUGAUUAAUAAACAGGACCUAUUUUUCCUGACUGUGCAUGAUGCUGUGUUGUAUACUGAGGAACAGAGAAGUGCUAGUGAAGGCUAUGAUCCCCUCUUGGAGAAGAUUUCCCUUAUGCAACAAAAUGUGGAAUCAACAGAAGUAGAAACAGAUGAGCAAGAUAUAGAGGAAGAGGCUCUCCAAAGACUGGCAUCAUGA